AUGGCCUUAAAGCUCUACAAUAAUGCCUGGCAUCAUCAGCGGAAACAUCAAGCGAAAUACACGAAUGUGGAGAGACAGAGAAUCGACUUGCGGAGAAGACAACACUUGCCUGUUGAUGCCGAAGACGAAGAGCCAUAUGAUGUACCAGAGUAUCACGGAUUAGAGAUAGUUGCAUAG